AUGAAGGCUUUAAUUCUCGUUGGCGGCUUCGGUACCCGUCUCAGACCACUGACUCUCACUCUCCCCAAGCCAUUGGUCGAGUUUGCCAACCGUCCUAUGAUCCUCCAUCAGGUCGAGAGCUUGGCCGCUGCUGGUGUGACGGAUAUCGUCCUGGCUGUCAACUAUCGACCAGAUGUCAUGGUUUCUGCCCUCAAGAAGUAUGAGGAAAUGUACAAUGUCAAGAUCGAGUUCUCUGUCGAGUCUGAGCCCCUUGGCACCGCCGGCCCUCUCAAGCUCGCCGAACAGAUACUGGGCAAAGACGACUCGCCUUUCUUCGUCCUCAACUCAGACGUCAUCUGCGAAUACCCAUUCCAGGCUCUUGCAAACUUCCACAAAUCCCACGGCGAAGAGGGCACUAUCGUCGUCACCAAGGUCGAGGAACCCUCCAAGUACGGUGUCGUCGUCCACAAGCCCAACCACCCCUCCCGCAUCGACCGCUUCGUCGAGAAACCAGUCGAGUUUGUCGGUAACCGCAUCAACGCCGGCAUCUACAUCCUCAACCCCAGCGUUCUCAAGCGUAUCGAACUCCGCCCCACCUCCAUCGAACAAGAGACGUUCCCCGCCAUAUGUAAAGACGGCCAACUCCACUCCUUUGAUCUCGAGGGCUUCUGGAUGGACGUCGGUCAGCCCAAGGACUUCCUCAGCGGAACCUGUCUCUACCUCACCUCACUCACCAAGCAGGGCUCCAAGUUGCUAGCCUCCUCCAGCGAGCCCUACGUCCACGGCGGAAACGUCUUGGUAGACCCCUCCGCGAAGAUUGGCAAGAACUGCCGUAUUGGCCCCAACGUGACCAUCGGCCCCAACGUUGUCAUCGGUGACGGUGUUCGACUCCAGAGAUGCGUGUUGCUCGCCAACAGCAAGGUCAAGGACCACGCCUGGGUCAAGUCUAGCAUCAUCGGCUGGAACAGCUCUGUAGGCCGCUGGGCACGCCUAGAGAACGUCUCAGUGCUUGGUGAUGACGUGACUAUUGGUGAUGAGGUGUACGUCAACGGCGGCUCUAUCCUCCCACACAAGAGCAUCAAGCAGAACGUUGACACCCCUGCAAUCAUCAUGUAA